GUUGUGUCUUGUCAUCCUGUCUAUCUGACGAACAGGCGAGGGAGUUGUGUCAAUGUGCUGCUGGUGAUGCCGGGUCUGACAAAUCAACAGAACUGUAUCCUUUCGACCAAAAUGAUCGCGCUCGUCAUGAUCCGAUGUGCCCCUUGAUCAGACUCAAGUCACAACAUUGCUCCUCGAAACUGGUUGAAGUCUGGCGUCUUGGCAUGUUACAGGACAGAGAAAAGGGAGACAUUCGCAACCAUAUAAUCAACGCUGCCACCAAGACUGUAGCCAAGGUUACAAGAGUUCAUAAGGAUCUCCCGUACGGGAACGUCCAUAUGAGUCUUAUGAUGGGGCCGCUGCUAAUCGAAAAUGGAGUCCCUCAGUUUGUACCCUUUCUUUCUCUGGCACCUCUAUUCAGGUCGAUUGAAAAGAUUUCUGACCUUUGUUAUAUUAGAUCCAUGGGCGGUGUGCUGUUCACGGUUCGAGAUCGUCUUCAAUUACAUCCAGUAGAUAUUCCUACAAGCUCAGUGACCAGGUGCUUUGCUCUCAGCGAAGACAGACAGCUAUACAGGACGGAGAGACAUAUACCCAGAGACCGCGGAGUCAAAGUCUUGAUGAAACAGAUAGUAGGCAGUCCGUUCUGGAGUCUGAGAGAAGAGGAUCGUAUCGCCGAGACAGAAAUCAUCAAGGAUGUAGCCAAGGCCAGUCUAGCUUAUAUCGACAUCCUGGGGGAAGAGUCCAAGCGACACAGACAGAAUAAGUCAAAGGCAAGGAAAGAGAUCCUCAGAAAGCUUCAUAAACUCCUAGAUGAGCGUGUUGAGAUCUACCUUCACUCCAUUGUCAACAAACUUUUCGACAGAAGUUUGCCCCUUGGUUGGUUCUGCUCUCUUUCUCCCCUUAUCCUGAAGGUCUACUCUCCACGCAUGUAUGCGACUUGA